CCCAGCCCAUUCCCCUGGGCUGGCAAGAGGGUCUGGAUGUUUUCUUUUUACUUGAGGCCAACAGAUGAGAAGGAGAGCACUGGGCUCCUGGUUCUUGCUGAUUGUGAAAGUCAGGUGGAGCCUGUUUGCCAUCUGAGGCCUCUCAUUCAAGAGGUCAGUCACCGCCAAGUGACAGAGAAGGCUCCAGGCGUGUGCUAAAUGCAGAGCUACCAGAUGGGCCUGGCUGCCCCAGGCUCUGCAGCGCUGCCCCCUAGGUGACAGCUGUGCAAAAGCUCAGGUGCAAAGACCAUCAGUAUUGCCCAGAAAGGAGGAAGAGGAACAGAGAAAUCGGUGCUGCUCCCAGCAGCAGAUCAGACAAGUCCUCGGAACCAAGGACCCAGGUCUAGAUAUCGGUUUCUUCUUGGAGAACGGGAGUCCCCUGCAAGAGUCCCACAGCCCAUCAGUGGCUCAGUCCUCCUCACUCCCAGCAGGCUUUGGGGCUUUGCAAAGAGCCAGAACCUAGGAGGCCAGGAGAGCACCUGGGGGCGAAGGGGCCUAAGGACUUUGUUGUCAGAAACAUAUCCCAACCAGGAGCAGUGGCAUGGGCUACAAUGAGGAGCUUACUGGAGCCCCACCUGGCACCGAGGUGCCUCAGGAGCUGCUGGAAGAAAUGCUUUGGUUUUUUCGCGUAGAAGAUGCAACUCCUUGGACUAGUUCCAUGUUUGCCCUGGUGGCCGUGGUGGUCGUGAUAAGCAUCGUCUUCUUGGGAAGGAACAUCCAGGCAAACAGAAAUCAAAAGAGGCUGCCACCGGAAAAACAAACUCCAGGAGUCCUGUACUUGGCCGAGGCCAGAAACAAAGAUGACAACAACCUGACCACCCUAAGAGAGACUCUGCUCUCAGAAAAGCCAAAGUUGGCCCAGGUGGAAAUGGAGGUAAAAGACAGUGAAGUGCCGCCAGCCAUUCUUCCAGACCCACGAGAAUCUGAGCGCUAGUCAGGGUGCAGGGCA